AUGGCGACUGAGUCACAUUUGUCGACUAAAAACAGCAGCGAAAAGACCAACAAGAUGAAAUUGAUGGCGAACAAUGCAAAGAGCAAGACCAUGCAAAGCGACGAAGCAGGAUACACCAUGGAGCCCACGAAGGCAUCGAGAGAGUCGCAGCCAGACACCCCAGCGUCCCAAACGAAAACCCCUACAAGACGUCAAUCAACAUUAGAAUUAUCUUCAAAACGUACAAAAGCACUCUCAUAUCUCAAGUGGUUCGUCACAGACCAAUGGUUUCUCCUCGCCAUGGCAGCCGUCAUUCUGCUCGCAUCACAAGUCCAAGUCCCAGCAUCACGACAACACACUAAGAGAACCGUCGUCACAUACCUCUCCGUCUCCGUCAUCUUCUUCAUCAACGGCUGUACUCUGGAGACGUCCAUCCUGCUGGAAAACUCCAUGCGUUGGAAGCUGCACGCUUUUGUGCAACUCCAAUGCUACCUCGUUUGCUCAGCUGCGACCUUCGCUAUCGUCAGUCUCUGCGCAACAAAUCCGAACUUUAUGGAUCCGUGGCUACUCAUUGGGUUUCUAUUCGUUGGGAGCGCGCCGACGACAAUGAAUUCGAAUGUUGUAAUGACGAGGCAAGCUCACGGCAACACUGCUCUUACAGUCGUGCAGUCUGUCAUUGGGCAAUUCCUCUGUCCUUUCCUUACGCCAAUCAUCCUCCAGAUGUAUCUGUCAUCUGGAGCAUGGUAUAGCAAGGUGUUAAUCCAUGGCGAUGGCUAUGCGGAGAUAUACAAGCGCGUUUUCAUGCAGCUAGGCCUAUCGCUCUUCUUGCCCAUGUUCGUUGGCCAAGUGGUGCAAAAGCUCUUCCCAAAGCAAACCAAAAAGGUCUUCUUCGACUACAACAUCAUCAAGUUAUCGUCCAUUGCUCUGCUCACGCUUGUGUGGCAGACCUUCGACCAGGCCUUUCAAAGUGGUGCGUUCAAGACAGUCAAGCCAUCGAACAUAGCAUUCAUCGUGUUCAUCACUAUGGCGUUGUACAUGAUAUGGUUGGCCAUAUGCUUCUCGGCUUCCAUCAUGUGGCUCCCGAAGAAAGAUGUGAUCGCAUGCUGUUACUGUUGUCCUGCAAAGGCAUUGGCGAUGGUGGUUCCCUUGAGCUCGGUCAUGUACAUCAACACCAGUCCAAUCGAACAAUCGAAGUUGCAGAUUCCUGCCAUUAUCUUUCAGGCGUUCCAGGUCGCUAUUGGCGGUAUCAUGACCAUCGGGUUCAGGAGAUGGAUCAGACCUGAUGAGCAGAGAGAAGAGGCUGAGAAGAGCGCGCAGUAACAGAUUAACGGAUUUCGAAAAGUGUAUUAUCUUGUUAUGGAGACCUAUUUGGUCGAUGCAUGUACUCGUUCAUGCUUAAUCGACGACCACUGACGUUGUCCUGAACAACUCCACUCUUUUUGUAUCAGAAUGUACAGCAACCGU